AUGGUCAGUAUUAUUCGUUUCGUGGAUAUCCUCACAAAGUUGGAUUACCGAAGUAUCGGAGAAGCAGCCAGCUGGGCAUGGAGAAUACACAAUACAGUUGAAGUGACCGCACUGGGCGCCCACUUCGCCGUCAUUGUUUUAUGCCUUAGGAUCAUGGAAAUAACAAACGACUCCAGCAUCCCACAUAUCCCGCAACCUUUUAUGGAUUUCAGGAACCCGUUGAGUGUGCAGCCACCAGCAAGCCAGCAAUAUUCAUACACCUUCCAGGAAGCAUGA